AUGGCGCUGCGCUGUGAGGUUUUCGGGGGGGCUGGCUGUGAGGGGUCACGUCUGGGGGUGGAGAUUUUAGAAUAUCUCAUCAUUUGCCUUAAGAGUGAGGAAGAAAGGCAGCUGAAAGGAUUAGCCCUGGAAGGGAUAGUGCUGGUUUCCAUUGAUCUGAGUGAUUCUACGCGUGGCGCAAGCCAGCUCCGGUGCACGACCACUAUUGCUGCAGCAGGGAAUUUUUGCUCUAAACGCCUCAAUGAACAGAUCUGGAAAGAAAUGGAUGGGAUGCUGGCUGAGCUCUCUGUGCCCUGGACCAGGCCUUGGACAGCAGGUGGAUGUAGCCAUGAACCCCUGGAUUCUACCGCACUCCAGCUGGCCUUCGAGCUCCACGAAAGGCCUGGGGUUCUGAUGACGGACUGUCUGGCAGUAAAACAGUUCAUGCACAAGAUCAGCAUGGUGCACCCAAAGAUCAGAUUCCAUUACUGUGUGAAAGUGAAUGGUGCUGUGUCUGCGGAAACGUACUGUGGGGAGAAGAGAGAGAGUACAUGUGUUCUGAAUGGAAUAAAGCUCCUUACUGACCAGAGACACUAUAUAAGGGUUGUGGACAGCUUGGUGUCCUGUGGCGCUAACUUCCUUUGUGACAAAAUCCACCCUGUGCUGGGCAGGGCUAUCAGCCUCCUGAUUCCCCGUGAAGUGGCUGAAACUGGCUUCACCGGGGAGCUGGAAGUCACGCCGGCUGCUGCGCUGUGUCCCUGCCUGAAGCUGUAUCCCAAUCAGCCUGCUAAGAUAGUUGCUGUCUCCAUAUUUUUUUACGACCCGGCAGGUCUGCCCAUAUCAUUCUAUGCAAAGGGGAAAUCAUCUGUGUUUUUCAAUGACCCAUCGAACUUAGCAGAAUGGGAGAAAUACAGCUAUAGUACAACAUUGGACUCAGAUCCAAGGCAGGAAGAAGAUCGAGUGAACCCAGACGUCAGAUAUAAACUUCACUGGGAAGGUGGAAGCCAAGUAGAUGAUCCGGAUACCUGGGAGCAGACCCUGUUGCUCUUCCUCUUUCUCCACUACUCAGACCAGUUUCAAGAUAAGCCAUUUUACGAUUUCUGGGCCCGGCGCAUGAUUGCAUCCUAUAUGGACCAGAUUCUCCUGUGCAGCCAGCAGGCAGUGAAGCGCGGAGUCCAGGUUGUCAUUGACGCAAUGCUAGAGGAGCACUGCAAGAGGGUGAAGAACCAGCGGAGGUUGAAGCUGUCCCUGCCCGUCAUCCUAAGUGCCAUUUCCAGCGUGGUGUCUAGCAGCACUAACAGCCAGUUCAGAAGGGAAUGUCUACAGAGUUUGCAGGUUUCAGAUACCCCAGAGCUAAUGGCAGCCAUUCAAACAGCCUUUGAAAAUGUCACUCGGAAGCGACUGAUGCCCAGUGGCACAUGCAGCAUCACAAAACAGGUACCUGAAGAUGCCAACCCAGCCUGGCUUGCUGCGUGUGACUUACCAACAGCUGGCCAGAAGCUAUCACAGGAAGAGGCAUCUGACAGCAUCAGUUCUCUCAAUUCAGAGCCGGCCUCUCUGCUGGACAGAGCUGACUUGUGGGGAAAAAUGAGUGAAACUAAGAGGAGGAAGACAGCAACCAUGGAGAACAAUGCAGGUGGGGCUCUGGAGCGAGAGCCACUGGGUGGCUUGCAGGAGAGGACGGACGAUCUCAUGACAGACUUUGGCAGCCAGCUGAGUUUUUGCCUGUGGAGUCCCAAGGAAGGAGCAGAUGCCAGCAUGUUCCUAGGUGAAAGAGAGGAAGGCUUUACAGCUGUAUCAGAAUGCGGAGCCAGAAGUGAGAAUCUGUGGCAGGCCGACCACUUGUGGCUGCAAGAGAUUUCCAAUCUUUCUGAAUGGACAUCCUGAAAUGGAGAUGCCCUUAGCCAAGGGUAUGAGAACAGCUGUGCUCCCCCAUGCAAACAAAGCCAAAUAAAGACCAUCCGUUCAAUGGGGUUCUUGUUCUUUAUUGUUGGAUGGCAGUAGGGCAGGGGUUCUCAAACUGAGGGUUGGGACCCCUCAGGGGGUCACGAGGUUAUUACAUGGGGGAGUCACGAGCUGUCAGCCUCCACCCCAAAUCCCACUUUGCCUCCAGCAUUUAUAAUGGUGUUAAAUAUAUAAAAAAGUGUUUUUAAUUUAUAAGGGGGGGUCGCACUCAGAGGCUUGCUAUGUGAAAGGAGUCACCAGUACAAAAGUUUGAGAACUACUGCAGUAGGGCUUAGGAGCCCCGAUACGCACUAGGACCCCUCUGUGCUGGGCACUGUACAAAAAUGGAACAAAGUUGGUCCCUUGCCCCAAAGAGCUGACACUGUUGUAUUAGAAGGAGGGAGGGUGGAUGGCUUUGUGGUCAAGGGACAUGACAGUGGUGGAGGACUCCUGGGUUCUUCUUUGAGUAUAUGUCCCAUGGGAGCUCCACCAUAGGAUGUUUGUGCCUGUGUGCUCUUGAUUGGAGACUGCAAAGUAGUGCUCGCGGGCCUGCCCCUGUGCAGAACACCUCAUCCUCUGAAUGAGUGGUGGUGGGCUCAGGUCCUCCUCAACUGCCGGCAGCUCAAGACAGAGUCUUUGCUGUUAGUUUCCCACUUUUGUUUCAUCUCAUGAAAGUCUUUCUUUAUUUUUGUUUCAUAGUUAUUGAUUUUUCUUUUUUGUGGAGGGAGUUUUUCUGCCUCCUUCUUCUGGAACCUUUGUUUGUGCUGGAGGGAGCACAAUUUGUUA